AUGUCUGCUGCUGCUUUGGCAGCUGUUGUCUCUACAGUGUCAGGGUCUGUCCGGCCUCUUCGUGAGAGCGACAUUGAGCACGUUCAUGAAGUCAAUAAGGGGCCCUCCGAGUCGGCGUUUUUCCCUGGACUGUUUCCGACACUACUGUCCGAGGUUGGAGAUGCUCCGAAUCUCCUAGAUACACUGCUUGGAGCAGCGAAGCCAACCGACCCGCCGACUCCUGCUCCUAUACCUGAGGAUACGGCCACUCCGGAGCCAUUGAGUUCCUCAGACACUCCGAGUACAACGGAACCACCAGUUACGCCAGAAACAACGAGCUCUGAGGUGACGCCCAGUUCAUCGGAAACAUCUGCAUCAUCUUCAACCCCAGUGUCGACGUCCAGCACUCUAGCGGCUCCCAGCUCGCCGACAAUCCCCGACUGGGUUGCUCAGCUCGGUUCUUCACAGACACUGUCUCCUUCUCUCUCUCCUUCUCCUUCGCCUUCGCAGACACACAGCUCGUCUGCAUCACCGGCCCCACAGACACAGAGCUCUUCUCAGACAUCCAGCUCUUCGCAGGCGUCGAGUUUGUCUCAAAAGCCCUCUCAGAAGCCCACUUCUUCUCAUACAUCCGGCUCCUCUCAGGCUACCUCGCAGAGCAGCUCCGAGUCGUCGUCGAAGCAAACUCCAACGAAGACUCCGACUUCGACGGUGACUCCGAGCACAACUGUGACGUACAGUCUGAUUCCCGCCGCGACCACGAAUUCCGGCCACCAUUCAUCGGUUACUCGUAUUCCAACCUUGACGCCUCGUCCCAAGCCUUCGUCUGCUAGCACGACUUUUGCUCCUGCAUCAAAGACAUGUGCUCCCAAGGGCUCAGCGACACGCCAAGUAUUCUGGAUGGAUGAACAAGACCACAAAGGACAAGGAGCGGGGCUGGCUCCGUACGUCUCUGAUCCUAGCAAGUAUCCCGUUUAUCGCAACGUGAUGGACUACGGUGUUGCCAACGAUGGAACUGGUGACCAGACCGCGAACAUCCAGAAGGCCAUUGACGACAUGGGCAGCGGUGGCUCCCGUAAGGGUAAUGGAGUAACUCGUUAUCCCGCGCAGGUCUAUCUCCCCAGCGGAGUUUACCAACUAGAAAGCACGCUCAAGUUGACAGUCGGGACUAUUAUCGUUGGUAACCCGAAUAACCCACCUGUUAUCAAGGCUUCGCCCAAGUUCCGUGGCCAAUUCCUGGUGUUCGGCUUUGAUGCGCAUAACGGUCAGCCCGAGACUACCUUUAUGAUGUUGAUGAAGAAUGUCAUUCUGGAUACCACUGCUGUCGACGCCGGUGUCCCCAUCACUGCUCUCCAAUGGGGAGUAGCUCAGGGAUCUGGAUUGAACAAUAUCAAAGUUCGCAUGCCCACCGGUCCUGGUACACACACUGGUAUCGAUCUCAAUGCUGGAUCGACUAUUGCCGUCACAGACGUCCACAUCAUCGGUGGUGCCACUGGUAUCAAGAACUCCAACCAGCAAGUCAACUUCAAGAACAUUCGCUUCUCCUAUGUUGGAACUGCGUUCGCCGCUACCGGUGGAUGGUCGGUGCUGCUCCAAGGAGCCACUUUUGAGUCUUGUGGAACAGGCGUGAACAUGACUGGAAACGGUCUGGGCAGUCUUGUCUUGCUGGACUCCACAUCCACAAACAGUGGACCCGUCAUUCUGUUCCAUGAGUCGUCGCAUGAUGAUGGAAACCAGAACAGCCAGUUCAUUAUCCAGAACUUGUCGCAUGAUUCCCAGAGGCCAAUUGCCAUCGAUAGUAAAGGAGAGACUCGUCUGCCGCCCGCCUCCCAUGUCGACUCGUUUAUCUGGGGAACACGAGUGCCCGGUGGUUAUGAGGCUGGAAAGACGUGGGUUACUCCUGAAUCGGAGAGCCUUUUGGUUGGUGGAAAGUACUUUACUAAGAGCCAGCCUACCUAUGCUGAAUAUGGUGGCGAUGAUAUCGUCAAUGUGAAGACCGUCUCCGGGCAUGAAGUCAAGGGUGAUGGUCGUACUGAUGAUACCAAGGCCUUGAAUGCAAUCUUGGCCAAGAAUGCAGAGGAGUGCAAGAUCACUUACUUUCCCUUUGGUGUCUACCGAGUGUCUGAUACUCUCCAUGUCCCUGUCGGAACCCGGAUUGUCGGCGAGGUUUGGUCUGUUAUCUCUGGAUAUGGCAGUGCUUUCAAGAACCCUAGCUCGCCUCGCGCAGUGGUCCGACUUGGCUACCCUGGUGAUGUCGGUGUCAUCGAGAUUCAGGACAUGCGGUUUGCCGUGGGUGAAAUCCUCCCUGGUGCGAAGAUCCUCGAGGUCAACGCUGCUGGAGCCCAGCCUGGAGAUGUCGGUCUCUGGAACACCAUAAUCACUGUAGGCGGCACUGCCGAAACCACCAUUUCCAACGUGUGCACCUCGCAAGACCCGAAGGAUUGCAUGGCUGCCUUCAUGGUGAUGCACCUUACCAAAUCUUCGUCUGCGUAUAUGGAAAACUUCUGGGGCUGGACCGCCGACCACAAUAUCGAUAGCAAGUCUAUUCUGACCAUCAUCUCUACCGGUCGUGGCGUCCUGGUUGAGGCGACCAAGGGAACGUGGUUGACCGGAACUGGCUCUGAACACCAUUGGCUCUACAACUACAACUUCCACCAGGCAUCCAACGUGUAUGCAGGCCUUCUCCAAAGUGAGACGCCUUACAUGCAAGGUACUGGCGAAUACGAGAUGGCGCCAGCACCAUGGACCGCUUCCUCUGAGUUCGGCGAUCCCGACUUCUCAUGGUGCUCGACUGACGAUGCAAAAUGUCGUACAUCUCUGGCGACUAACGUCGACGGGGGAUCGGACAUUGCCCUGUACAACUCCGCCGCCUGGGCCUUCUUCGACGGAUCCUGGAACGGUCUGUACAACGAGCCCUGCGAGGGCAAAUGCCAGUCGAAUAUGAUGCGGGUCGUGGGUGCGCCGAAGAAUCUGGUCUGGUACUCGAUCAGCACACGGAUGACGGAUGUGAUAGUCUUGGAUGGCAAGACCAACCCGACGGAAAACAGUCACCCUGGUGGAUGGGAGGGUAUCAUUCAGGAUUAUUCUCAGUUUUCGUAA